GUGCGCUAUCAGUUGGCCGAGAUCUGUCAUGGGGGUAUGUCGCAACGGUCCCACAAGCGCUGGAAAAUCACUUUGGUACACUAUAAAAUUUCCGUAGUCAACUCCUGAUUGGUUUUUCAUUCAUUUACGACCGCUUUGGAUGCUGUACUCGUGCUACGGGCAGGUGUGAUAUACAGUUUUAUAAGACUUACUUCGGUUUGACAGCCGCGUAAUCCAACAAGUUGCACGUUUCUACAUCUGCUACUUGUGUCUGUUACUGAGAUUUAAAAAUACCUUCUCUCAGGAAGGCAGAUAUAUUGAGAGAAAGGCAGUUUAAAACCAACAAACUAAGGCCACUUUCAUCACCAAACGUCGUAUCUUCUGAAUACUACCCUACACGAGGAAAGCAGAUGUACUAGGAGAAAAGCAGAUAAAAGCCUAAAACUAAGUAACAAAAAAGAAGAAAACAAAAAGGUUGGUGAAAGAAGUAAUCCACCAACAUUCGGUUUUUGGCCAUGACCUAUGCAGCAACUUUGCUCUGGUGCUAAUAUUCUCCGCCGAGUCGACGGAGGAAAACAUCUUCAGAAACAUUCAAGUAUGAAAUGAAACAAUAACAGUCCAACUAAAAUGGCCGGGGCCGUCUCGAACAAUACUACUAGUGAAGACAUAAUCAAUGACAAUACGGUCCAAGUGGCGUUUUUUAUGAUCUACACGACCAUAUUCGUGAUGGGUAUCUUCGGAAAUGUGCUAGUGUGCUACGUCGUGUUUCGAAACAAAGCUAUGCAGACUGUAACAAAUCUAUUUAUUACGAAUCUAGCUCUAUCAGACAUAUUACUGUGUGUUCUAGCUGUCCCGUUCACCCCUUUAUACACGUUCCUAGGGGAAUGGGUAUUCGGUAGACUUAUCUGUCAUUUGGUGUCUUAUGCUCAAGGAAUUAGUGUUUAUAUAUCAACCCUGACGUUAACGUCAAUUGCUAUUGAUAGAUACUUUGUAAUAAUAUAUCCAUUCCAUCCUAGGAUGAAACUAUCAACCUGUAUUAUAAUUAUAGUUAUCAUCUGGAUAUUUUCUAUGUUAGUGACUCUUCCCUAUGGAGUAUAUGUUAAACUCACUCCGGCUGAAAAGAAUGCUGAAAAGUACUUUUGUGAUGAAAAUUGGCCUAGUGAAGAUUGGAGAAGGACGUUCGGUGGCAUAACUACAGCUAUGCAGUUCCUUAUUCCAUUUUUAAUAAUGGCGUUUUGUUAUAUCUGUGUCUCUAUCAAACUAAACGAUAGAGCCAGAUCCAAACCAGGCUCUAAGAACUCGCGAAAAGAAGAAGCUGAUCGGGAAAGAAAGAGAAGAACUAAUAGGAUGCUCAUAGCGAUGGUUGCUGUUUUUUUAGUUUCUUGGCUACCUCUCAAUGCUUUCAAUAUAAUUAACGAUUUCUGCCAGCAGAUGGAAAAGUGGAAUUUUUACUAUCUUACAUUUUUUAUGACCCAUGCAAUAGCUAUGUCCUCGACAUGUUAUAAUCCAUUUCUUUACGCUUGGUUGAAUGAGAACUUUAGAAAAGAAUUUAAGCAAGUUCUUCCUUGUUUUGAUGGUGCUUCGAGACGGGUGCCAGCAUGUCGUUUUGAGAACUGGAGGUCCGAGAGAACUUGCAACGGAAACAACGAGACUCAACAGGAAUCACUGUUACCUUCCUCCGGAAUACAUCGAGCACUUUCAUUCAGAGAAAGAAAACCAACGCCUCCCCCUUUGAAAACAGAUAGUGUAGAGAUGGAAAAUAUUAUGGUGCCAUCAGUCAAUGCAGCAGUGUAUGACUCAGCUUCAGAUAUUGUUAGGCUUAAGCUAAUUACCGAAGAAGAACCCCCUCCUUAUGAAGCGCCAAAGGCUGUUUCAGAAGAAUAGCAUAUGUACAUUUAGCAGCAUACGCCGCCAGUGAGUGAUUGUGAGAUAUUUAAAGAACUGUUGAUAUAGUCAAUAUAUAAAUAAAUGUUUUUCAGUGCCAAUUUACAGUAGAUGAUAAGUUUUAUUGUAUAAAUAAAUAUAAUUUAAUGAAAAA